GUACCCAAUUAACUCAAACUUCCGCUUUAAGUUGGUCACAUGGGGUGCUGCAAGUCGGAUACUGCGGAUUGAGUGCGUGUUGCAGAUCAUUUAGUGCCCAGUGCUGGCGGCAAUUUGAGAGCGUGUGAUUGCAGGCCAUACCAGAUUUGCACUGCUUUGGGUUGGAGGAUUGGGUACUUGCGGGUUGUUGCUAGCUGUGACCUCGCUGUGGCACGCAAAACACUGAAAACAGAAGCUGGCGGUCCUCAAAACGCUCUCUUAGCCAACUUGUUGUCUGUGCAUCACACUUAACGCCACUGUCUGAGCUCCUCAACCCACAAUCAGAGCGCAUGUCACCUCCAGCCCGGGCGUCUCUUGCACACCCUGCUAGCUCGCUCCAGUCUCAGAAGGUAUACCGAGCGUAACUGCAGAGCUAGCCUCAGCAGCCGCUCGCCGGUGCGCCACAGCUUCCGCCCACAUCCUGCCACACGUCCCAAUCAGCCAGUGACACUGCUUUCAUAACCCAAGUCUAGCCUUACUCAACCAAGUUUAUUUUGGACACAUCAUAAUCCAACACAAUGGUUAAGAUCUUCAUCACCGGUGCCUCCGGUUACAUUGGCUCCGUCGUCUCGGAGCUGGCGCUUCAGGCGGGCCAUUCGCUGCGGGGUUUGGCGCGCAGCGACGCGGCUGCGGAGAAGCUCCGGGCGCAGGGGGUGGAGCCCGUGAGGGGGGACCUGUACACGUUGGACGUUUUAGCUGACGAGGCAAAAAAGGCGGACGCAGUCCUCCACUUGGCGUUCAUCCACGACUUUACCAAGUACGUCGAAUCCGUCGAGACGGACCGCAAGGUGGUCGAGACCUUCAUCGGAGCACUGGCCGGCAGCAACAAAACGCUGGUGAUCACCUCAGGGACGGCUGUGCUCUGGGACACCGGCGAUUCACCUGCGGACGAGACGACGCCGGUUCCCCCUGGCCCGGGGGGUGCGCGCGCAGCAACCGAGCAACUGUGCGUGCACUGGCAAGCCGCAAGCCGUGGGAUCCGGAGCGCGGCGAUGCGGCUGCCCCUCCACGUGUACGGCAGGAGCAGCCCGAUCACGUUCAUCCCCAUGCAAAUCGCCACAGCAGCGAAGGACGGGAUUGCUCGCUACAUCGGAGACGGCGCUAUCUUCCAUCUGGGCGACUCGAACGACCGCGGCGUGUCCGCAAAGAAGAUUGCGGAAGCCAUCGCGCGGCGCGUGUCAUUGCCGCCACCCGUGAGCGUCUCCGUCGAGGAGGCGGCGCAAGCUUGGGGUCCUCUGCUGGCCACGUUGCUGUCAAUAUCCAACCAGUACACAUCCGCGCGCGCGGAGAAAGAGCUCGGGUGGAAGGUCCCCGAGGGGCGCUCCGUGCUGAGGUUCACGGCGGAGGGCGGUCGGGAGACGUCUUGAGAUUGCCCGGUAGUAGAAGUGAUAACAGUUUCGAGAGUGGGCGCCGUGAUAGGUUCUCACCUUUCGAAAUUUGAAGAGCAUCUGAUCGUUGCUGCUUUAGAAGUGCCUGCUUGUACUUUGAUAGAUAUAGUCGAGUAUCGUGUCAUGCAAACGAAGCGAGAUACGCCCAGUAGAUCAGGGCGUUUUGUAAAUAUAGUGCCAUGCCCAUAAUCAAGGCCAGCUGAGGGUGUUUCCGGAAACGAGAGGAGCAUGUGUAAUGGUUGAGCCGGACUUCUGGUGUCAACAUGCAAGCUAGCCAAGUGUUUGGCCAGAUAAAAUCACAGUCUGGAUCAAUCUUGAGAAUUAGGAAUUCGCAAAGUAAGGGACCAAGUCUUGCAAAUGCUUACCCCUUCCCUCAUAUCUUC